AUUUAUUCAAGGGAGCAAAAUGAUCCUCUGGGUAAACUUUGUGUCCUUACUAGCAGUGCUCAGAGGUGUCCAGUCAGAGGGCCAGUUGGUGGAGUCUGGAGGGGACCUGAGAAGGCCUGGAGAAUCCCUCCAUCUCUCCUGCCAAGCCUCCGGAUUCACAUUCAGCAGCUACUGGAUGGACUGGGUGAGGCAGGCUCCAGGAAAAGGCCUGGAAUGGGUGGCCCACAUAACUACAGACUCAUCUAGCACUUACUACUUGGAUAAAGUCAAGGGACGCUUCACCAUCUCCAGGGACAACUCCAAAAGCCAACUCUAUCUGCAAAUGGACAGCCUGAAGCCGGAGGACUCAGCAGUCUAUUACUGUGCGGGAGACACAGUGAGAGGAAGUGAGUCUGAAGCCUGGCAAAAACCUUCCCUUCCUCUGAGCAGCCCUGCAAGUUCCUUCCAUCUCAGGAGGUUGAAUUUGUGUAAUUGGAAUGAGAAGCAGCAGAUGAAUCUCCAUCUUAGCAAGUGGGAAUAUAGGCCUGACCUUAGCAUUUUCACUGUGGAACCUGGAGAUCUCAUUGAAACACCUUUGUUUUCUUUAGGAGUUCAGUCUGAGAUCCAGUUGGUGGAGUCCGGCGGGGAUGUGAGAAGGCCCGGAGAGUCCCUCCGUCUCUCCUGCCAAGCCUCUGGAUCUGACUUCAGUGUUCUCCCUAUGAGCUGGGUCAGACAGGCUCCAGGGAAAGGCCUGGAAUGGGUGUCCAGCAUAGAUCCAGAGAUGCUUGACUCUACCACUUACUACUCAGACAAAGUCAAGGGACGCUUCACCGUCUCCAGGGACGAUUCCCGCAGCCAGCUGUAUCUGCAAAUGAGCAGCCUGAAGCCAGAGGACUCGGCUGUCUAUUAUUGUGCAAGACACACAAUUCUUUCUGACUCCUACCAAGUUUUUAUGCAAGGCAUUCAGGACAUUGUG